AUGCCUCAGCCGUAUCUUUAUCUUGAUUUGGCCAACCUUUGCCACAGCGCACUACUUUUACGGCUCGAACUUCAAUCGUUGCAGCCUCUGCUAUCUCUAUCGCGCAAAAGACGUCGCUCGGAUACGUCGAUGGAGAGUGUCGCCACUACCUCCAAAGUUCCCAGGCUUGAUCAUCGAUCUUCAUCCGGUGCUGGCUCAAGCAAGGGAAUUCAGGCUACACCCACCAAGGCCAAGGGACGAACGAUGGUUUCCUGCCCAGUGUGCGACGAUAUAGUGGACUCGGAGUACAUCAACCUGCAUCUGGAUAAAAAUUGCAAGCUUGAUCAGGAAGAUAUAGAAGAGAUUCAAAGGGCUUCAGAAGCGACAAAACCUUCGAACGGACAAGCAAAGGCUUGGGCGAAUGUCUUUGGUUCGAGCAAGAAAGGAAAGCUAAAUCAAGCGGACGAGAUACCCAGCAGAAGGAUACCCAAGAUGAACUAUGACCUCAAGUCUUUGAAACAGCUUCGAGAUUUGAUAGCUGACAUUGGCCUGAGUGAUAAGGGGGAGCUCGCCCAGCUCAAGCUUCGACACGAACGAUGGGUGAACCUAUGGAAUGCGGAGGUAGAUGCCACAAACCCUCGAACAAAGUCGCAGCUUCUCAAAGAAAUGGCAGAAUGGCAAGUUCGCUGA